UCUCUCAAGACAUCAGAAUAUCAGAUACAAGAAGCUAGCACUAGGUCAAGUAGAAUCUCACCAGGGAAGCUUCACCUCCUCCAAAGGAUGUCUUCCGGGUCGUCGUCGCGGAGCACCUCGCCGAGCUCCGGCUCGGAGUGGAGCAAGAAGGAGAACAAGAUGUUCGAGGAGGCACUGGCCUACUACGGCGAGGGCGCCCCCAACCUCUGGGAGGUGGCCAGCGCCAUGGGGGGCACCAAGUCCGCCGAGGAGGUGCGACGCCACUUCCAGGUCCUCGUCGACGACAUCAGCAACAUCGAGUAUGGCCGCAUCCCCUUCCCCAAGUACAAGACCCAGGGCUUCUGGACUUGAAAGGAUGAAGCAGUGUAAACUCCAGUGGACAGUGAACGAAGUUGUACAAACUACUCCCUCCGUUCCGAAUUACUUGUCUUAGAUUUGUCUAGAUACGGAUGUAUUUAGCACUAAAAUGAGUCUAAAUACAUCUGUAUCUAGACAAAUCCAAGACAAGUAAUUCGGAACGGAGGGAGUAGAUCUCUUAUGAAGCAAGCAAUCCAACACAUUGGUUAGAAUAACAGGAGGAAAAGGAGUAUUGUCGAUUGUGUGUACAAAGUAUUGUUAGGUUAAGUCUGUCUCUAUGUUGUUGUAGAUUCUCGUCUACAUUCAUGAACUGGAAGUUGUCUGUUAGAGUAUAUUGACAUAUCUCUAUGUUUGGUAGAAUAGGAUUUGUAAUUCAUCUCCUAACUUAUCUUUGGGAGGCUUCUUGCCCUCAAAGUCUUGUACAUGUAUAUAUACUGGCCAGGAGAGGCUCAAUACUGUUGGGGCUGAAUAAUAAAGAUGUGAUG